AAGAUCACCCCGGAAAUGGGGCCCGGCCCCCUGACGUACCCCCGACUGCCGGGCGGAGCGCAGCGAAACUGCGGGGGGCCGGCCGGGCUCCGAGCGGAGGAAGGCUAAGGGCUGGACUGACAGCUUGGGGUAGGAGGAGGAGAGAGCAGGCGGCGCGGCGGAGGAGGGGAGAGCCGCCUAGAGGAGGGAGCAAGGGCGGGAGGAGACACAUGCGCGCUGCCUGCCGCCGCCGCCGCCGCCGCCGCCGCAGUCCUUAGCUUCCCGGGGACAGGAAACCUUCGAGACCGAGCUGCCACUGCCGCCUCCCCGCCUGCCCCCCAUUCCGCGCGCCUGCCACACCCUCCUCCCCUUCUUCCAGUAUCUUCCGGUGGGGCACUGUAGGGACUCGGCCCGCGCUGCAGUCUCCCCCUCCCGGGGGAAAGCUGUGACCCCCCCCGCAGGAGCGGCGGGGCGGGGUGGGGGGGCCCGGGAGAAGAUGGCGACGCCGGGAAGCGAACCCCAACCUUUCGUCCCUGCCCUCUCGGUGGUUACUCUGCACCCACAUCACCAUCCCCACCACCACCACCACCACCACCAUCAGCACCACGGAGGAACCGGAGCCAGCAGCGGGGUCGGGGGAGGCGGCGGCGGCGGCGGCAGCGGGGGCUUCAACCUGCCCUUGAACCGGGGGCUGGAGCGCGCGCUGGAGGAAGCGGCCAAUUCCGGGGGGUUGAACCUCAGCGCCAGGAAAUUGAAGGAAUUUCCCAGGACCGCGGCCCCAGGGCACGACCUCUCGGACACGGUGCAGGCAGAUUUAUCUAAAAACAGACUGGUCGAAGUCCCAAUGGAAUUGUGCCAUUUUGUAUCACUGGAAAUUCUUAAUCUGUAUCAUAAUUGCAUCAGAGUCAUUCCUGAGGCCAUUAUUAAUCUGCAGAUGCUGACUUACUUAAACUUGAGUCGAAAUCAGCUGUCUGCCCUGCCUGCCUGCCUGUGUGGUCUGCCUCUCAAAGUCUUAAUUGCAAGUAACAACAAACUUGGAUCGCUGCCAGAAGAGAUAGGUCAGCUCAAACAGUUGAUGGAGUUGGAUGUCAGCUGCAACGAGAUCACGGCCUUGCCCCAGCAGAUAGGUCAGUUGAAAUCUCUACGGGAACUGAAUGUCAGAAGAAAUUACCUUAAAGUUUUACCACAAGAACUAGUAGAUCUUCCCUUGGUAAAGUUUGACUUUUCCUGCAAUAAAGUGCUCGUGAUUCCCAUUUGUUUUAGACAGAUGAAACAGCUGCAAGUAUUACUACUUGAGAACAACCCUUUGCAGUCUCCUCCAGCACAGAUUUGCACAAAGGGCAAAGUGCACAUAUUCAAGUAUCUGAGCAUACAAGCAUGUCAGAUUAAGACAGCUGACUCCCUUGAUCUCCACACGAUGGAGAGGCCACAUUUCCACCAGCCCGUGGAGGAUAGCAAGAAGGAUUCUGAUUCGGGUGUCGGAAGUGAUAAUGGAGAUAAGCGUUUAUCUGCCACAGAGCCUUCUGAUGAAGACACUGUUAGCCUCAAUGUGCCAAUGUCAAACAUCAUGGAAGAAGAACAGAUCAUCAAGGAGGACUCAUGCCAUCACCUUAGCCCAGUUAAAGGGGACUUUCAUCAGGAAUUUCAACCAGAGCCUUCCCUUUUGGGUGACAAUGACAACUCAGGAGAAGAAAGAGGCCAAUUUACUGAUGGAACAGAUGUUCUCCGUUCAGAAUUUAUAACCUAUAUUAAGGAUAGGGCUGAGGACUGUGAAGAACUGUUACGGAUAGAAGAGGACACGCACUGGCAACCUGAGGGAAUAAUAAGUUCAUCCAAAGACCAGGACAUGGAUAUAGCGAUGAUUGAACAACUGAGAGAAGCAGUAGAUUUGCUGCAAGAUCCCAACAGAUUAAGCACUGAUAUUACAGAGAGAAAUGUUGUGAACUUUUAUCCUGUGGAAUCAGCAGAAGCCUUAGACUUACAAGAUUCUGCACUAAAUGGUCAAAUACAGCUGGAGACCUCUCCGGUGUGUGAGGUGCAAAAUGAUCUCACAUCACAGAGCAAUGGGAGCGAGUAUUCUCCAAAUGAGAUGAGAGGGAACUCGCCUGCAAUCUCUCCCACCACCAACAGCACAGCUCCAUUUGGCCUCAAGCCUCGAUCAGACCCAGCCCUCACUCUUCCUCCUAUCUCCUUCAACAAACUUACACAGGCACAAACAUGGGACAGCUCUAGCUACAGUGUUCCAUCUGAAGGAGACAGUGACAAUGUGUUUCUAAGACCUCAGAGAAAUUUGGAAUCUAUAGACCCACAGUUUACAAUUCGGAGGAAAAUGGAACAGAUGAGAGAGGAGAAGGAACUGGUGGAACAACUCCGUGAGAGCAUCGAGAUGAGACUCAAGGUCAGCCUGCAUGAAGACCUGGGGGCCGCACUCAUGGAUGGCGUGGUCCUCUGCCACCUGGUCAAUCACAUCCGCCCGCGAUCUGUCGCAAGCAUCCACGUCCCCUCACCAGCAGUUCCCAAACUUAGCAUGGCCAAAUGCAGAAGAAAUGUGGAAAACUUUUUGGAAGCAUGCCGAAAAUUAGGAGUACCAGAGGCCGACCUCUGCUCUUCGUAUGACAUCCUGCAGUCGGACUUUCGUCACGUUCGAAAGACUGUUGACACUCUCCUGGCACUUGGGGAGAAACCCCCACAACCAACCUCUGCCCUCCGCUCCAGGGACCUUAUAAGCUUCUGUCUUGUCCAUAUUCUCUUUAUAGUGCUAAUCUAUGUCACUUACCACUGGAAUGCUCUGUCCGCAUAACAUCUGCAUGUGCAUCCAAACACUCUGCUGUGUCACCCUGAUCUAUCGCAGGGUCCUUCCUCCAUUUGAGCCUUUGCCUGGCCAACUUCCAUCCCCGUCAUCUCUUUAGUAAUCUCUGGAGUUUUGAAGCCGGACAUUAUGAGUCAGAUUUUUCCCAAAGCACAAAUAAUUUCUCUCCCUUACUGAAAAAAUGGCAACAAGUGUGUCCAAACCUCAUGCUUUCUCAUUCACAUAGUGCUAGCAGCAGUGCUAUGCAGUUCUUCUCUCUCUCCCAGGGAGCUUUGUUGCCCUUGGUAGAGUGGAAGAAGAUUCCAGAACAGGAGCAGAGGGGAUUUAGGAUGUGGAAAUCUUUCCUUUGGGUCAGUGUCGGAUCCUAAUUCAGGACUCGGUAAUUGAGGUGUAGAAGGGCCACUUUGCAGAGGAGACAGAAAAUUGGCAUUUGGCUCCCAAUUUGGCCUAUAAAAGUCUUUAAUAAUACCAUUAUUGACCAACUUGAAAAAUACCAUCGGCAAAUGACUGCUUUGCUGGCCAUGCAGUUGGAUUCCUCCCUGUUUCCUGCCAUGGGAGCGGUGAGGGGCACCAGGGAGGGUUGCCGCCCACCCCUACCCUGAGGGAGCCCCUCUGCCUUGCUGCAUGAGACCUAGCUGGGCAGCUGGGGAAGAAGCGUCCAUUGCUGUUAGAGUGCCACCUGGAGGAUUCGCUUGCACAUCACUUUCCGCAUAUUUUUACUUUUUGCUCCAUGUUAGGUCUAUUCUGAGCUCCUAGAAAAGCAUUUUCCAGAAGGGAUUUCUAUUUUUAAAUAAUGGAACGGGUCGUUUUCCUUUUUUGCUACAUCACGUCAUAACUGCAGGUCAAGAAUGUGAUGAAUUUGACUGUAUUUGCUUUCAAAUAAAGCCAUGAGUCAUGGAACAUUCUUGGUCCUAAUACUUGGGUUACUAUGGGAGAAGCCAACAAUAAGAUUGCUCUUGUUUUAGAAGAAUGUAGUUUCCCUAAUGGCCUGAAAUUUCCAUUUAACCUUUGAUUUCCAGUGACAUUAGCAAGCUGCUUCUAUCCUUAAGCGAGCUUACAAGAUUAUAUGUUAACUAUAUCUGCUUUUGGAGCAAUGUGAUGAGUUUGUAACUAAAAGAAAAAAAAAACCCAUUAGAAUCCUGUCUAGGCCAAGAUAUUUCUGGUUCUGGGAUGUCUUUUCAUACUAUGAGAAUGCCCUCCUCCACAGUUCAGACAGCUUCCCCUAGGCUUCACUUUACAUCUGGUGGCCAAAUACUAUUUCUUAAAUUUGGGAGAUGAUGAUGUUAAUUUCCUUAAGAUAAAUUUCUAAUUUACUGAGUUGUGAAGAGUCUACAUCGAUGGCUACUAAGAAGAUAAUUUUAUUUUUCUGAAUGCUUCCAUGAAUCCAGGGGACUUGAAAAUAUGCAAAACCCACAUGGUUAGAAGAGUAUAUUUAUAAAUAUUCUUUGUUGCUGAAUUAGAUUUUCUAACAGGAAACAUUCUUUACAUGAAAAUACCUUGAGUUACCUGAGCUUUUCCCUCCUGAUGUUGUGUUGAUUGGUGAAAUACAGGGUAUGUGGAAGUUACCUAAUUAACCUCGGUUGUGUAUAAAUAACCCGCAGAUGUACUGAACUGCUUUUGGGGCUAUCUUGUACCCUUCAAUCUGUGACACAAUAAAAGCCCUUUGUGCAAAGUCGAAUGAGCACCCUGAGCCAUAAUAAACACAUUUCGGGUGAUUAUUCCAGGUUUUUAUCAGCCCAUCGAUGCACUGAUUUGUGCCCACCCGGAGCAGCCCUCUGCAUCUCCAUCCGGCUCUGCAGUACACUGAGGCUUCCCUUAAUCAUCACUGUUUGGGUUUCUUUUUUUUCUUCUUUGGGAGGAGUGGGGGCGGGGGCAAAAGGGAAGAAGAGAGAUGACUUACAGGGUGGCACUUGAAAGAAAAUUUUAUCAAUAAAAACUGAGUAGAGCAAUCAUGUGAGAUCAGAUUUAAUUUUCAGUGCUGACUUGACAUCAUUCUCAGGCUAUGUUCGUAUUUCAGUUCUGGCAUCAAAGGAUUCUUUGGAUGCACUUUCAUUUCUCAUGUCAUUAAUGUAUCUGUAACCUAACGUGACGCUCCUCUUGGGAUCUGUGGGAUGGUUUGUUUGUUUUUUUUCUUUUUUUAUCAAGUGGCAUGGUAACUAGCAGAACACAAUUAAUUUAGGCCUUUAGGCAAAACUUGGAAUGAACUGUCUUGCCCAUUGUCAGGCUGUUCAUUUCUAUUCAGAAUAUUAAGCCUCUCCGUGGUUCUUCCCCGAGGUACCCACACACCAACUCAUAUGCCCACAUGAGGCCUGCCAUUACAGCCUGACAUGCUUGUCGUCUGAGAGGUGGGCAGGGACUUUGUUGUGUGAUUUAUAUGUGCAUCUUCAAUCUCCUUCCUCACACAAGACAGACCAUUUUCCCAGUACUUGCAGUGCCUGAUAAAAGGAACCAAUUGUUUAUUUAUGUUCUCUCUUUGAGAUAGAAAGAUCUAUGUGAAAGAAAAGGUUCUCUUUCUCCAGGUCCUCCAGUUGGUGGCAGCUCACCACUCAUCAUCAGGAUUUCCACAGUAUGUCAUAGCUAAUGUGUCUGCUCAUUCCCUCUAUUUACGGCUUUGUGAGUCACAUGUGGCUCACUCUUCGGGGCAAGACACUUAUGGAAUCGGGCUGGUGGAGAACUCAAAAGUAAGACAACUGAGUAGGAAUUUCCUCAGUGAGAAUAGGUUUAAAAAAAAAAAAAGGGACUUGAUACCCCGAUACCAUUUUUUUGUGAGUAAGAAAUUAAAUUCAGUGCAUGGCAGCUAGGGUUACCUCUCUAAAAUCCAUGCUGCUCUAUAAGGACAAGACAUCCUAAGGACAAAGGCUGUUUCACCUUACAGGGUAAAGUACUGGACAGUGGAUUAAAAUUUCAGGAGCCUGAAGUGGUUUUGGAGUAAAUGAAAAAUAUUUUAAUACCAUUUCAUUUCAGGAGAUUUGGGUUUAAAGUUAGGCUUCAGGUUUUGAAAUUAGUUCUCAAUAAACAAUCAGUUGUAUGUAGAAUGUGCACUUUUUUUCUUCUUUGAGACUAUCAGAGUCCGUUCCUUGGCUUUUCAGUGUGAUUUUCUUUGUGCUUGUGUUCACUUAUUCAUUCCUCAAAUAUGGAAUGAGCGCUCUUUGAGUAAGCCUCUGUGGUAGCCCUUGGGGAUACAUGACCCUGUCUUCAGAAAUCUUGCAGUCUAGACCAGGAGUCAGCAACAUUUUUCUGUCGAGUGCCAGAUUAUAAAUAUCGUAGGCUUUGUGGGCUAUGCAGUCUACGUUACAACUACUCUGUUCUGCUGUUGCAGCCUGAAAGCAGCCAUCGAUGACUCAUCAGUGAAUGGACACGGCUGUGUUCCAGUAAAAGUUUAUUUACAAAAACAGGCUGUGGACUGACUUGGCCCGCAGGCAGUGGGUUUUGGACCCCUGACCUAGUGGACAAAUAAGAUGCGAUUCAGGGUGACACAAGAUUCUGCAAAGCACACGGCAGGGGACCGGACCCUGAUGGGGAACGGGGAGUCUGCGAAGCCUUUCUGGAACUGUGAUGUUUACACGGAGACCUGAAAGGUGUGUAGGAAUAGCCAGGGGAGGAGGGUGCAGGUUAGGGACGUGCGAAAGGGGGCAGAUACUUGUAGAGAAUGACGUAUUCCCAAGGGAGGAAGCCCUGGACGGUGGCAGGGCUGGAAGGCAGAGACUCCCACGGAGAGCGAGAGGACACCAUCUUGGUCUGUAGGAGUGUGACGUGGUCUCCACUUUACACAGGAGGAGACCGCCCCUCAGAAUGCUCAGGUGGCAGAACUUGAAGCUCUCUCACGUGAAAAUCAUGCAGACAGUUCUGCUUUAAGUGCAGUCACUUCAGCGCCAGGAACGUGCAUUUGAGAAACAGGCUGGACCAUAUGAACUAUGCAGACAUAAACGACUUCUUAGUCUAGCAGCUGGUCCUGGAAGGAGGCGCGUGGCUGUUUGGGAGCACAAGGAACUAUAGAAGGAGGAGAGUCAGGCAGCGAUGCUCCUGCAAGGCGUCCUCCUCUGGGAUGAGAUGUCUGUUGCUCUCCCUGAAGAGAAGCCCAACAAGCCAAGUCGCCGAGCUAACGCCUGUCCCCAAAUUGAGGGUUCUGUGUCCCCCCCGCACCUGAUCUUGAACUUGCUGGGGCUUCCCAGGCUAGGACUCCGGGGGUCUAGAGGCCUCUUCCUGUCCCAGGGGCACAGGUGCAACAUACCCACCUACGGAUGAAGGUAAAAUUUAUGGGCAACAGCAUGAUGUUGUGGAAAGAGCCCCGGCUAGGAGAAGAGAAGCAUGUUCAAAUCCUGCUUCCAGUACCUACCAGCUGUGGGACUUUAACGAAGUUACUUAAGCUCUCUACAUCUCAGUUUUGUCAUCUGUAAAAGAGAGGUAUUAUAUCUGCCUUACAUAGUUGUUCUAGAGAAAUAAGCAGUGGAGAUCUGUAGCAUUGGCACCGAGCAUGUAGGAGGGGCCCGGAGAUCUUUCUGAGUUAGCGUUUAGUGUUUAUGGCUUGCCUGCCUUUUCCAGCCCUGUUUGCUGUGGCUCUAAAAAGAGUUGGGUGACCAGCUCUUUUUUUUUCCCCCCAACUAUUACUUUAUUUAUAUUAUUAUGCUUAAGUUACCUGGAAGCAACCAAGCAGUUCUGCCCCAUUUCAGGGAAAGUUUCCAAUCAACACCAAUUACGUGGUGACAAAUAACUAGGAACGAUGACAUCUUUGGGUCACGACUGACAAGGAAGGAUGGGCUCCGGUGCUAGGGUUCAUCUCCAGCAAGAAUACGGCACAGCGGCCGGCACAAGCCAUACUAGCAUGGAACCUUUAGCACUGGUCACAAAGUCGAUCUCUUCCCUGAAGCUAGCAAAUCAAGUGAAAUAACUGGGUUUAAAGAACAUUUUUUUUAAAGAUUUUAUUUAUUUAUUUGAGAGCGAGAGAAUGAGAGAUAAAGAGCACGAGAGGGAAGAGGGUCAGAGGGAGAAGCAGACUCCCCGCUGAGCAGGGAGCCCGAUGUGGGACUCGAUCCCGGGACUCCAGGAUCAUGACCUGAGCCCAAGGCAGUCGCUCAACCAACUGAGCCACCCAGGCACCCAAGAACAUUUUUUUUUUUUUAAGUGAAGCCCAAAUAAGUUUAAAAACCAUGCUCUUGACCCAUUUUCCUUUCAAAAUUUACAUAAAACACGCUUUUUCACUCUUAAUAGCCCAGAUUUUUUUUUCCUCACAUAGCCCAUCAUGUAGCUGCAGAUAAACUAUUCUACCUCAAGAUGUAAACAUAGGCAGGGAAAAAAAUGAACGGCAUGUGAGGGAACCUUACUGAUUCCACCAUUGGAGAAGCAACACAAAGCACGAGUUCUUCAGAGGGGUUCGGAAGCAUGGUAUUUAUGGAAGAUACUCCUUUAUGACUCUGCCCUGUGCUUUAAAAGGAAACACAACAGUGGUGCCCCAUUCUCAAGGAAAGCCGCUAGGCUCCUCUAAAAGGAAGUAAAUUUAAAUGCAUUUAAAGUCAGUGUGAAUGUACAGUAUCUCUGCUUUAAGUCCCUUUUAUCCAGGUUUACGGGGUGGCCCUUCUCUGUCACUUCUGAUCCAGUUAUGGAAUGUACAGAAGUUCCUUCCCUAUCCCAAUUUCUGGGUCACUUCCAGGACCCUUCCCAAUGCCCCCCGGCCUAUGCAGUGGCCCGACUAGUGCGGUGGGAGAUGGCCUUCUGGCCAUCCUUGCUACCCUCUUCAUUUCCGGCAGGCUCCCCUCGCUCGGCCUGUCAACCAGCGCCUCAGCUCAUCAUUCCUAUCAAGUUUCAUCCCAGUCCUGUGAUAACCAGAACUGCUGUGUUUUUAUGUUUCUGUUACCUUAGACCAGUCUUUGUAGGCACCUCCGACCCCAUCCACGUAAUCUGAGGGCACUUCUGGGUUUCUUCAGGGCAUCUGAAUGAAAGGAGAAAGGUGGGAAGGAAGUGAGAAGUAGCUUUUUAUGUCUUCCGUGUACUUCUCAUUGCCGGCUGUGAGGGUGGAAGCAAGACUCUUGGACUCUGCACCUGGUUUAGAAGUGAGGAGACCAGGAAGGUGAGAAAUGCCAGUUGGAAAACUAAAGGGCUGGGAGAGAGGAUGACCUUAAGCUAGCUCAGUCUGUGAGUCUGUGUUGUCUCCAGAAGUCCUAUCAGUGGGAGGUUGAAACCUCAGUACUUUCCCCUCCCUGUCUCUGUGGAGCCCCCCUCCCAACCAUGGCCUCCAGCACUCCUCACCGGGACUGGCGCAGCCAUUAAUGGGGCCAUGUUGCAUCUCAAGCAAGACUUAGUUUAGGGCACGUAGCCCCAUAAAAGCCAUGUUGUACACAGAGUUUAGACCCUGUGGAAAUAUUUGUACUUGAAUUCAGGAACAUUUAGGACUAAAUAUAAGUAAACAUUGCGGUCAAGAAGCAAAGUGUCUUUCAGAAUGCUUUGGGUGUGUGCAUCCUUUUAAGAUUUCUAUUUGUGUUCCUCACCCAGUGUUCUUUUGAUCCCUUACUGCUUUUCUCAAUGAUUUAUUAAACCAACGUGUCAUAUAAAACUCUUUGUAAUUUGAUGCAAAUACUUUUGUUAGAGUUUGUUGUUUAUCUUUUAGUUAAUUUGUUUUUUUUUAAAGAUUUUAUUUAUUUAUUUGACAGAGAGAGAGAGCACAA